AUGGUUGUAUCAGGCGCAGGUGCCUUGCAAGCAGUUGUCCUGUGCGGUGGUCUGGGCAAUCGCAUGACCGAUCUGACGGAUUACAUCCCGAAAUGUAUGCUUCCAAUUGCUGGCGUACCAAUGUUCUGUGGAUUUUUAGAGGUAAUUUUGGUGGUUGCCGAGGCAUUGUUGACCGAAAUAAAGCAACUUUUAUCUGGCUGCACCUUGCCUCCGUUGCCUAAUUUACACAUCGAAUUCGUCUCACUGGGCACAGAUGCUGAGAAUUGGGGAACUGCCGAUGUAUUACGACAUAUUGCUGAUCGUAUCAAGAAGGAUUUUGUCGUUGUGAGUGGAGAUUUUGUAUCAGAUAUGAGUUUAUCGCCGAUGCUAGCAUUGCAUAGUGCUGAAAAUUCGGCACUGACAUGUCUUCUGACCGAUCGUUUUAUCACGGGCCCUGUUCCUGGCCUAAAAGCCCGACAAAGCGUAGGUAAGCGAUUCAGUUUGAUCUUUUAA